AUGGCUUCACUGGGCGAGGACUUGCUGGUGACCGUCAACAAGUUGCAGGACUUGGUCUUCAACACCAUCGGCAAUGACUCCCUCGACCUGCCCCAGAUCGUUGUUGUGGGUUCCCAGUCGUCCGGCAAGUCGUCGGUGCUGGAGAACAUCGUCGGCCGCGAUUUCUUACCCCGAGGCAGCGGCAUCGUCACCCGGCGGCCGUUGAUCCUGCAGCUCAUCAACAUCCCUAGUGAACGCCACGAUAAACCCGAGCAGGAUGAGAUUCAUAUCCCACAUACGGCUGCCAGUGUCGCCGGUCAACACGAGUGGGCGGAGUUCCACCACCUCCCAGGCCGCAAGUUCGAUGAUUUCGGCCUUGUGAAGCAAGAAAUUGAAGCAGAGACCGCGAGAAUUGCUGGGAGCAACAAGGGCAUCAACCGACAGCCGAUCAACUUGAAGAUCUUCUCGCCCCAUGUGCUCAACCUGACUUUGGUGGAUUUGCCCGGCUUGACGAAAGUGCCAAUUGGCGACCAACCGUCCGAUAUUGAGAAACAGACCCGCACCUUGAUCCUGGAGUACAUUGCGAAACCGAACAGCAUCAUUCUGGCGGUCUCUCCGGCUAAUGUCGACCUGGUCAACUCGGAAGCGCUGAAGCUCGCCCGCCAGGUGGAUCCCAUGGGCCGGAGAACAAUUGGCGUCUUGUCAAAGCUGGAUCUAAUGGACCAUGGGACCAAUGCCAUGGACAUCCUUUCUGGGCGAGUGUAUCCCCUGAAGUUAGGGUUCAUUGGUGUUGUAAACCGUUCGCAGCAGGACAUUCAGUCGGGCAAGUCUCUCUCUGAGGCGCUUCGAGCCGAGGCCGACUUUUUCCGUCACCACCCAGCGUAUCGAAACAUGGCCAAUCGAUGCGGAACACAAUUUUUGGCCAAAACAUUGAACACCACUCUCAUGUCGCACAUUCGGGAUCGGCUACCGGACAUAAAAGCUCGCCUCAAUACCCUGAUGGGUCAAACGCAACAGGAGCUGGCCAGCUAUGGAAACAAGCAAUUUAGCGGCAAGGAACACCGAGGAUCCUUGAUCCUUCAAUUGAUGACCCGAUUCGCAUCCUCUUUCAUCUCGUCGAUCGAUGGAACGUCGUCGGAAAUUUCAACAAAGGAGCUCUGUGGCGGGGCCCGGAUCUACUACAUCUUCAACUCAGUCUUUGGAAACUCACUGGAAAUGAUUGAUCCCACCCACAACUUGACUGUGUCGGACAUCAGGACGGCAAUCCGCAACUCGACUGGUCCUCGUCCUAGUCUGUUUGUCCCGGAAUUGGCAUUUGAUCUGUUGGUCAAGCCGCAGAUCAAGCUGUUGGAGGCUCCCAGUCAACGAUGUGUGGAACUGGUCUACGAGGAGCUCAUCAAGAUCUGCCACACAUGUGGUUCACAAGAGCUGAUGCGGUUCCCUCGCCUUCAGGGGAAACUUAUCGAGGUGGUUUCCGAUCUUCUCCGUGAACGCUUGGGGCCAUGCUCGGGUUACGUAGAAUCUGUAAUCUCGAUCCAAAGAGCCUACAUCAACACCAACCAUCCUAAUUUCUUGGGUGCUGCGGCUGCCAUGUCUUCCAUCAUCCAGACUCGGCAAGAAGAGGAGAGAAAGGCUGUCAUGGCAGAAGAGAAGAGAAAGCGGGAAAAGCGACGGCUCAAGGAACUCGGGGCCACCAACGGGACAGCCUCCGGAGGGCCUGAUGAGGAGUCGCAAAACAUGCCUAUUCGGAGCCAGUCCACGAAAGCCCGAAGCAUGUCGCCCAAUGUGGGCCGUGGGGAGAAUGGCAUUGCGGCAACCUUGAAUGGUGCGCAAAAUACCGCUGCCCUUGGUAGUUCGAACACCGCACGAGAUUCUUUCUUGAAUUACUUCUUCGGCAAGGAAGGCCAAUCGUCUCAGAUCUUGGCCUCGCCGCCACAAGCCGGCACACAUUCAAGGCGGCAAGCCGGCCAUGCGAGCGAGUCUAGCAUUGGCCAGAGCAUCCGUCAGGCUGAAAUGCGGUCUCCGGCUAUGCCAUCUGAGGAAUACGCUGCUCCAACCGAGUAUGGUGGCGGGGAAGUGUCUAUGUUUCCCCAUGACAAUGCCGAGCCUGCCCUUACCGAUAGGGAGGUGCUUGAAACCGAGUUGAUUCGCCGUCUGAUUUCAUCGUAUUUCGGCAUUGUACGGGAGACCAUUGCUGACCAGGUUCCCAAAGCGAUUAUGCAUCUCCUGGUCAACUAUUGCAAAGACGUCGUGCAGAAUAGACUUGUGAGCGAACUCUAUAAAGAGGAUCUUUUCGGCGAUCUGCUUUACGAAGACGAUGGCAUCAAGGCCGAGCGCGAGAAGUGUGAGCGGCUUCUCGAAACCUACAAAGAGGCCGCGAAGAUCGUGGGCGAAGUGCUAUAG